AUGCGGCUCCUCAACGCCCAUACCUUUGAGAUCCAAUCUGGAUACCUGGAUGACAGUCUGCCGGAUACCGAAAGCAGAAUUUGGCACCCAUCAACAAACGAACUGCCAAAUCGGUUGCCCCAAUACGCAAUCCUCUCACAUCGCUGGUUUGGCGAGGAGAUCACUUUCACAGAAUUUGAAUAUCAUGCGAAGACUCAAUUUUGUGAUGUUGCGCCUAAGAAUCCGGUCCCUCGGUACGCGCAAUAUGGCGACAAGGUCGAUCUCCAGGGUAAUGCUUCAUCCAUGCACAAAAUAGCAGGUGCAUGCAGACAGGUUCGCCGAGAUGGUAAGGUUGGCGAGAGCAGCUCGCCACGGCACAUCUGGAUCGACACUGUCUGCAUCAACAAGGCAGACACCACCGAGCUGAGCACUGCGAUCAACUCGAUGUUUCGCUGA